AUGGCUGCCCCGAUCACCACUUCUAGCAUUGCCAUGGCCCUUGCUGGCAAGACGGCCUCUGUCGAUAUCCCCAAGCCUCGUUCGGCUUUCGCCGGCGAUGGCGAUUCCUCACGUCAUCCGGCCCUGUUGCCGACUCCCCCCAACUCUAUCUCUCCGACCCUUCCUCCGCAAGCCUUUAAGCGACGGGACAACCUCCUGGGCUCGCCUCCAUUUGCCACGUCGCAGUUCGACUCCGAUAUUGAUCUGGGUGAUGUCGCCCAACAUGCGGUCAGUCGCGGUCAGCAUCUCUCUCCCGGCGACGUUGAUAGCACCGGGGCCAUUAGCCCGGAAAUGCUAGCCCAGUAUCAUCUUCCAAGCAUUAUGCUGCAGCAUGGUCCGCUAGCCAUCCGACAUAUCAUGGGCUAUCUAACCACGUUGGUUCCUGGUUUUUCCGCGAUCGCCCCCGCCAAAGCGCGAAGAUUAGUCGUGGCUGCGUUAGAGAGCCGCGGGACCUGCGACCGGGGAAGUGGCGCGGAAAGCGAGAUCGUGUUCGAGAAAGUUGGAUGGGGUCGGUGGGAUGCACGACGCCGUGGCGAGCCGCUACGGGAUGCACAGCACCCGAACCUGUCGCCUCCGUCAAGUCUAUCGAACUCCUUCCCGCAAAAGGCCAUGCAGAUUCCAAUCAAAAGGGAUAGUCUACAGCCGUGCGGCUCCAGCAUCGCUGGCGACUCCGCCGUUUUCUCUUACACAGAACGAGACUACGGCGGCCCUGGGGAUAUCAGUAUGUUAGAAGAUGAAGCGGAUAAGAUGUCCCUUGAUGGAGACGAACGUGAGUAUUGCUCAUCUUCGGAAGCGCCGGAUGACGAAAUUCCGGAUGAGGAUUGGGGCGAAGAGGACGUGACCGACGAGGAAGAUUGGGCGCAGAUAGGCGCAGCAGCGCUUCGUGCGCGAUCACUCAACGGUGGAGGCGGUUUUGUACAUGGGCAACACCCGUCUCCACAGCUCCGAGGGGGCGGGCCUGUCUCGUCUUCGCUAGCGAAAUCAGUGCCGCAAAAGAUACCCGUUCAACAGCUAGGGUUCUCCCUGCCAGAUGGCGUGGUCAAGGACAGAGAAGAACGUGCCGCUGUCGAAGCGCUGCUGCGACUUGGCUCCAU